AUGGACAAUGUUAGGGCUGGUUUAUAUGCAACUCUGAUGGAUGGUAAUUUAGAGGUGGGGAGAUGCUAAUGUAACAUAUCCCAUAACAUGACAGCCUAGCUAGUGGAUGAAUACCAAUCAACUGCUCUAGCUGGGUAUUCUGCAAGCAGCCCAACGCUAAGCAGCCCAACACUAAGAACACUAAGCAGCCCAACGCUAAGCAGCCCAACACUAAGCAGCCAACACUAAGAACACUAAGCAGCCCAACAUUAAGCAGCCCAACACUAAGAACACUAAGCAGCCCAACGCUAAGCAGCCCAACACUAAGCAGCCAACACUAAGAACACUAAGCAGCCCAACAUUAAGCAGCCCAACACUAAGAACACUAAGCAGCCCAACACUAAGCAGCCCAACACUAAGAACACUAAGCAGCCCAACACUAAGCAGCCCAACGCUAAGCAGCCCAACACUAAGAACACUAAGCAGCCCAACGCUAAGCAGCCCAACACUAAGAACACUAAGCAGCCCAACACUAAGCAGCCCAACGCUAAGCAGCCCAACACUAAGCAGCCAACACUAAGAACACUAAGCAGCCCAACACUAAGAACACUAAGCAGCCCAACGCUAAGCAGCCCAACACUAGGAACACUAAGCAGCCCAACGCUAAGCAGCCCAACACUAAGAACACUAAGCAGCCCAACAAUAAGAACACUAAGCAGCCCAACGCUAAGAACACUAAGCAGCCCAACACUAAGCAGCCCAACACUAAGAACACUAAGCAGCCCAACACUAAGCAGCCCAACACUAAGAACACUAAGCAGCCCAACACUAAGAACACUAAGCAGCCCAACGCUAAGAACACUAAGCAGCCCAACACUAAGCAGCCCAACACUAAGCAGCCCAACACUAAGAACACUAAGCAGCCCAACACCAAGAACACUAAGCAGCCCAACACUAAGCAGCCCAACACUAAGAACACUAAGCAGCCCAACGCUAAGAACACUAAGCAGCCCAACACUAAGAACACUAAGCAGCCCAACACUAAGAACACUAAGCAGCCCAACACUAAGCAGCCCAACACUAAGAACACUAAGCAGCCCAACACUAAGCAGGCCAACACUAAGAACACUAAGCAGCCCAACACUAAGAACACUAAGCAGCCCAACACUAAGAACACUAAGCAGCCCAACACUAAGAACACUAAGCAGCCCAACACUAAGAACGCUAAGCAGCCCAACACUAAGAACGCUAAGCAGCCCAACACUAAGAACGCUAAGCAGCCCAACACUAAGAACACUAAGCAGGCCAACACUAAGAACACUAAGCAGCCCAACACUAAGAACACUAAGCAGCCCAACUCUAAGAACACUAAGCAGCCCAACACUAAGAACACUAAGCAGCCCAACACUAAGCAGCCAACACUAGGAACACUAAGCAGCCCAACACUAAGAACACUAAGCAGCCCAACACUGAGAACACUAAGCAGCCCAACACUAAGAACACUAAGCAGCCCAACACUAAGCAGCCCAACACUAAGCAGCCAACACUAG